AUGGAUUUUCCAUCGGCUCGCCAAGCGGUGCUGAACGUAAUAAAGGGUGCGCGUGCGGGGGAGUUGCCUCGCCUGCUGCACUGGCUGAGAACAUCUAAUGACUUUGAUGAAUUUACAUUCAAUAAUGAUGAUAUCAUUCUCAGAAGUAUUGCUGAAGAUAUUCGACAUCGUUUGCCUGUUGGAGCAGUGCUCAAUUCAGAGCAUAAUGCUAUUCAAAAACUUCAUGAACAGACAGUACCAACCAUUCAUGUUGAUGCUUUCCUUUAUGAUGAUGAUUGUAUUGACUCUUUAUGUGAAGAAGGAAAGAUGAGCAGAAAUUAUUGUCUAGCAUGUGGCUCUCAUCAGACAGCACCAUUAGAAUUCAUUUCCCAUUCCUUUUCCCUUGUGGAACUGAAGUUCCUGUACCAGGAAGUAUUGCCUGACCUGACAGGGAAGGUUCUGGUUGACGUGGGCUCCAGGCUUGGAGCAGUCCUGUUUGGGGCCUACUAUUAUAGUUCAGCAUCCCAGAUCUAUGGAGUUGAGAUGAACGGAGACUUUUGCCAGUUGCAGGAAACUAUCAUUUCAAAGUAUCGACUUGACGACAGAAUAAAGGUGAUUAAUGCAGAUAUUUGUACUCAAGCUUCACUUCUUCAAAAUGCAGACAUUGUUGUAAUGAAUAAUGUCUUUGAAUAUUUUCUUGACAGAUCAGAACAGGCUAGAGCAUGGAAAAUCAUAAGUCAAAAUGUAAGAAAGCCAGGGUCUUUAUUAGUGACUGUCCCAAGCCUUGAAAAGUCUCUCUCAGAGCUUCAGGUGGACAUUCAGCUCAGCCAGUGGGUAAAAGCAGUACCAGUGCAAUAUGAUGAAUUCUUAGAAGAUGCUGAUAGAGAAGCACUUAAAGAAAUUUACUUGUACAGAAUUCUAUAGCAUACAAAAUAUGUACAUUUGCAUCAAGUGCUUUUUAAAUAAAAAAAAUAACAUUUUAAAGAAUGUUAGUUUGUUAAAUUUUGUUAUGAACUGCCUUUGAAAAUAAUAUGGAAAAUCAGUGAUGCAUUUUUGGUAAAUAAACAUGAAGGCGU